AUGCCCGGAGCCAGUGGUGUCAACAUCGAACCCUCCUGUGAGGCCUUGUGUCGAACCCUGGUGUCUCAAAACGGCCUGCAGAGAGAGACAGCAGAUAUUUCCCAGUCUGUCCUUUACACAUCACUGAUGGGCCUGCUUCUGGUCACUGACAACGAGGUGGGAGAAACACAACGCUGUAAAAUCUUCUACUUCUGCUGUAGCUUUGAGAACUAAUCUUAACUUUCACUUAAUGCUUAGAGGACAAGCAUAAACACAGUCAGAGGUAUUGUGUAAAGGCAUUAAUGGAAAGUACACAUUGACACACGUGUUUAAACACCUGUCAGCACUCCCUGGACUCUAAUAGGAUGAGUACCUGGAACUGACCUCCUUUUAGCCUCUCUUGUUAUGUUAAUGAGAUAAGAAAACUAAAUCUGUCCCACCUUUGCGGUACACACACUGACACGACGUGGUUAAAACAGACACACAUGUCAGAGUAAGGGGUCAGAUGGUAGGAUAUACAUGCUGUAAACUGCAUGUACAUACAGAUUUGUGCUUUGUGAUGUAUGAAAAGUGUCCUUUGUUUUUUAAGAAAGAGCAGCUCACACUUGGAAGUGGAAGAGUUGGCCUUAGAAACAUUGGAAACACAGUAAGCGUUGUUUGGUGCAAAGACUUCAAACAUAUUCACCUUUGAAACUUCUUCAGCAUUAUCACGCUCAUUUCUUCUCUGUGUUUAUUCUCCAUCAUAGUGCUUCCUGAACGCUGUAGUCCAAUGUUUGUCUCACACACGUGGCCUGCGAGACUACUGCCUCUUAAAGUCCUACAGGCAUGAGAAGUUCUCCAAAGAGGAUGCAAAACUCAUGGAGGGUACUCUGCUCUCUUCUUAACUGGAAUCACUCUUUUGUAAUACACCUCUCCCCUUGAAAUUUGUUCAUCCUUUCUAUUCUUUUGCUUUUUUUUUCUAUACCUAGCUUUCUCACAGGUGCUGUCCGGCCUCUGGGAUGUCAAUGAUGGAGACACAGUUGUAAAUCCGCGCAAGUUUUAUAGUGUCUUUAAAGAAGCAGUGCCUUACUUCAGUGGUUACAGGUGAGAAUGUUGAUGGUGUUUCAUCUUUUUUUCUUGAAGUUACCUGCAUUUUUAACCUUUUUGUAAAAUUUAUCCCACUGAACGUUUUUUGGUCUAAAAGAGGUCUAAUAGACGUCUAAAUGUUGCCUAGACGACUGGUCUAAAAUGACACUACCACAGGUCUAAAAAUAAAAGGUUUUUAGACAUCUAAAUUUAGACAAAGUUUAGGCUAGCCGGCUAACACAGGUCGAACAGCCCACUGAGCAUUUUUUGCUAAACGGCUAUUAUAAUUAUUUUGGUUAAGUACUUGGAAAUUAGUAAUGAAUCUCACAGUUGCUUUUUAGAAUAAAUAGUUAUUGAAUAAUGGGUUAAAGUGCAACGUCUAAAUUCCAUCUAAAAAUAUACAGAAUCUAGAUGGUUGAAAUCAGGUCUAAAAAAAAAACUAGACGUCUAAUAGCUGUCUAUUGCUCGGUGGGAUUAGGGCUGCACAAUUGCAAAAAAAAUACAAAGUUUUCUAUAACCUUUUUUCUGACGUUUCCAAGUUGGGCAAAGUGGAAAAAGAUCAAUAAUGCAAAGAAACCCCCCCAUGAUGUUCCUGUUUGUUGAAUCCAGUCAACAGGAUGCACAGGAGUUUCUCAGGUUCCUAUUAGACAAGCUGCACACAGAAAUCAACCGCAGACCCUACGUACGACGAACAGGAAAGGACCCUGAACAGAAAUAUGCCAGAUUUAGGUGAGUGCUCGGGCCCAUUUUUGCACAACAUAAUCUGGUAUGACGCAGCGGUUAUGACUAAAGAUAUUGAGAAAUAAAAUUUUUAGGAAAACUGUUUGUAAAGAUAACGCCAUCAUUGAGUCCAAAUGUUAACUCUGAACUUAACAAUUUGAUGUUCUGCAUGCAACUGUAUUUUAACUCCUAUUUCCCCCUUUCAGAAUUUCCGAAGAGGCAGCAGCCAUGUGGAAGAAGCACCUGGAGAGAGAUGACAGUCGAAUAGUGGGUAAGGAGAGCUAUAAAGCCAUCGUGAUUGAUCAAUCUCAUCCAUCUGAUAAAGGAAAUCAUUCAUCAGUCUUUCUGUUGUCCUCACAGAUCUGUUUUCAGGCCAGCUGCGGAGCUCGCUGCAUUGCUCCGUGUGCUCCCACUACUCCAACACCUUUGAUGUGUUCUGUGAUCUGUCGCUGCCUAUUCCUAAGAAGAGCUCAUCAGGGGAAGUGACGCUGAGGCAGUGUCUAGACCUCUUCUCUCAAGAGGAGAAGCUAGACAAGGAGAAUUCACCAGUAAGUAAAAAAAGCAAUAAAUCUGAAUGUGUUUAUGUGUCCCUGGACUAGUAAGAGGAGUGCUUCAAACAAACAAAAAAACAAACAUUUUUAUUCCUGAAAUUAAACUUUUAUACUGGAAAAUUCAUUGUUUACUCUGACACUUAAAAUUCAGCCAGUUUUUGAUCACAUAUCUUACUGGUGUCUUAUCACUUCAAAGUAGAGUUGCAAAACAAUGCUAAUAAAUAUCACUAUGCACAAUUACCUACACAUAAACAUUUCAAUUUUUCAUAAGUUAACAGUAGCAUGACUAAAACUGUGUAUUAACAAGCUUAAAAAAUGUCUAUGUGUGUGUUUCAGAUGUGUGAGAGGUGUAACAGACAUACAGAGUGUACCAAGCGCUUGUCCAUUCAGAGAUUCCCCCAGGUUAUUGUGAUCCGUAUCCUUGGCAACAGCUUUUAUUCAGCAUGUAAAACACAUCAUCAAGUCUUAAGUUGUUCUGAUAGUUAUAUUCAAGCUUAACUGCCUCCUUCAGAUCUAAAUCGAUUCACAAUGUCGCGGUGGUCGAUCAGUAAAAGCACGACGUAUGUGUCCUUUCCAUUUACUAACCUGGAUCUUGGACCUUAUGGGCCUCUGGACUGUGGUAACUUAACCCAACUCUUCUUUAAGUUUAAUAUUGUUAUAAUUUGAAUACAUUAAAGGGAAAAAAACACUCUGUGUUUCUCUGGAUCAAAACAAGGAAGUUAUUGUAUCUUUGUACAUCCCUACAGGUCCAGUUCUAUAUGAUUUAUAUGCAAUAUGUAACCAUGCUGGAACAGUAAAUAUGGGCCACUACACAGCCUGCUGUUCAGAUGAAAAUGGCUGGUGCUUUUACAAUGAUUCAAGGUGAGUCUUUGCCUGAACCUAAAUCUUUUUACUUUCUGAAUGCUUUAUAAAGUCUUUAUGUUUGAUGCUUUCACUUGACUCCUCUCCUGCUCUCCUACAGUGUGACUCUAGUCUCAGAAAACCAGCUUCAGACCAAUCAAGCCUAUGUGCUGUUCUACCAGCGCAGCAACAGCACCGCCGCUACCACUGUCAGGAAGUAG